AUGGGGCGGGCACGGGACCAGGGCUGGACCCUAAAACCCCUUUGGGUAGCCAGCCCAGCUCAGCCAUACAGCUGCUCCGAUCUAUCCUUCGGAUGCAUCAACCUUCUGAUUCAAGUCCAGGUCGUGGUCAUGGCUGCCAACUACUGGGCUUCCACCCAGCGCCGACACUGGCUCUUCUCCCGCGAGAAAUUGGCCGAUGUUCGGAAUCGUCUCCGCGAACGCGAUAAGGUCGGCCAUUCGCAGUACCAGCUACCGGAUCAGCGCCUACUGAACAUCUACUUCAACCAACGCAUGUUUAACAUGAUCCCUGGGAUCCUUCUAUCUCGCAUGCAAGAUGGAAGAGUGCCCCCCAACACAUCCGCUUCGUGGUGGGCGAGGCCAGGGGAUUAUGGCCAGGUAAAGCAACAUCCCCUUUGGGUUCCCAGUGCCCACUAUCUCCAACCGGUGCUCACUAUCCCCACAGAAUUCAUUACCCCAGAUGUUGCCAAGCUCGGCGAGUGUGAAUUCGCCCUGAUCUCAGAAAUGAGUUCCCAGCUCAUCGUGCAUCACCCUUACCGCACCUUAUCCGAACUGCAGUCCGAGAUCCCGCUAAGCUCGGAUGAGGUCGCGCUAGCUUGGUCUGUGAUCAACGACCACUAUCUGACUGACCUUCCCUUACUUCACCCCCCCUCAUCUUGGCUCCGGGCCCCUCGGAUGCAGAAUCUAGUUCAAUGGCUUGCCGAGAGUGAAGUCGAUAUCAAGGCGGUCAUCGAGUGUACGCAGGAGCUGCUGUCUCUGUAUGAGGUCUGGGAGCAGUAUAACGAAAAGCAAUGUAAGGAAUUGAUUGGGCGCAUGGUCAAGAGUAAGAAUUUGGACAAGUGA